GUUUUCCGCCGAUAAACAAAAUUACUAUUUAUCAUAAUAAUCGGUACCUAUUAUAUUAUUAAUAUUAUGGUAUGGGUACGCGUGUUUACGUCUCAUAUUAUAUUAUGCCUAUCACGCGGGUAUACCGUCUAUCCGAACGCAUUGUAAAUCCGAGACAAAACCACUGCGACUGCGUGUCGCGUAGUCGACGGACGAAUUAAUAUUGUUCUGUACAACAGUCGUGUGCCUACGCCUACAACUUCUGUUCGGUAGAAAUAAUAAUAUCAAUAAUGAUAAAAACAACGACAACAGAUAGGUACGAAUCAAUCACAACGAAAUUACAUAAAAUAUAAAAUAAUACCAUUACUGUGAUAUAUUAAUACCGCCGCAGACGCUAGUAAACGAGACACGAGUUAUACGUCCUGUGCACAAAUCGAUGUACACAUAAUAUUAUAUUAUUAUUAUCUAUUGUUAUAAAUGAAUUGAGCUGUGUCGCGCGCUUUUUGGAUUUCUUUUCGUUUACCGACGUGUGUCGUUAUAAUGCUACAACACGUGUAAACCGGCCUCGCAAAACUGCAGCUACAGACUACUGGAGCGGACGGACACGCAAACCGGUUCGAUGGCCAACCGCAAUGGCGGAAGUAGCUGUAGUUGUAGCGACGAUGAUGACGACGACGACGACGACGAAGAAAAAGACGACGACGACAGCGGAUCGUGUUCGAGCUGUUCGACCGCGGAAGCCGACGACAGUGGCGGCGACGGCGCGACCCGACGGCGGCUAACGUGCGGCAGGACGACCGCCGCGGCCGCGGCCACGUCGUUUGACCUGUUGGACGCGCGGCGCCUGCCGGACCUAUUGGACGCCGAGCGGCUGGUGGCCGUCCUGGACGGGUGUCUGGAAUCGGAGUACGUGCGAGGCUGCGUGGUCGAGACGUGGGACGCGGUGCUCAGCGAACACCUGGAGGCCAUCGCGCACCUGGUCCUGUACCAGACACCCGAGCACGCCGUCAGCCAGGCCGUGUACGAACAGCUCGUCGGGCUGUCCGCGUCCCUCCGUCCGCCCGCCAACGACGGCCAGCAACAGCAACAGCGGCCGGCCCGCGUGGACGCGGAACGGGUUUACGGCACGCUCAGGUCGGCGGCCCGAUCGCUGUUGACCACCAGGGUGGACGCGUGCUGCCGGCAGAGCAUGUGCCGGGCCGUCGGGCUGGCCGUGGCCGCGCUCCGGUGCAGCACGCGGCCCGUGUUCUCGGUGGAAAACUUCGUGGUCGAGAUCAAUGAGGCAGCCAACUUCGCCAACUUGUACUGCACCGGGUACGCCAAGCGCAUAUGCGCCGCGCUCGAGGGAAUCUACGACACGGUCAUGGCCGGUGAUUAUCACCCUACCAACGUCGUGGUCCAGAUGGCCGUCAUGGACAAGUGCAUCAGGGCGGCGGUGCGGACGCUCUCCGACGGCCGAGCGACGGCCGCACAGAAGACGGCCGCCCAGCGGUCGCUGCUCGCCGAGCUCGACGACGUGGGCGCGACGGUGCGUAUGAAGAACUACGGUUGCGUGGACGACGCGGCCGCCGACUCCCCGCCGCACCAGCUCGCGAUGGCCACAGCGUCGUCCAGGGCCGCCCGGGUCGUCCACUUCACCAUGAGCCCGUGGCGGGCGCCCAUCCGCAUGUACCACCAACAGUCGCCGACCAGCGUGGACCAGGUGCUCAGGGCCACCGUCCGCCUGGUCGAGGCGCUCAUCGCCGAACUGUUCAAGCCGUGCUUGAGCGGCCGGCACCGCAUCCGCCGCCACCGCCGACGCCGCCGCACGUCCAGCAGCCGUCAGCAACACGACAAACAGCUCUAGGGCCGCCCAAAUUUGUAUAUAUAUAUGUAAAUAAAUUUUACCCGUUCCCCGCCAACCUACCUAUCACAAUAUGCGAAAAUCAAGAGUUUUAUUUUUAUUAUUAUUAUUAUUGUAAUUAUUGCGUGCACCCACAUUUUAUAUUAUUAAACUUUGGUCUUUAAAUUAUUAUAAUAUUUAUACAUAAUGUCUAGAUACAUCAAGGUUAUCGAGGAAGAAAUUGGAGUGCAUCGAUACGUAUAUCGGGUCAAUUUUGAGCGUUCAAGAAGUUACACGUGAAGUGUACACGCGAUAUACGUACCGACCCGUAUCGGACUCAGACUUCGAUACGAGGCGGUUCGUAACUAUAUUCCUUAUCAAUGCUUAUCGUAUUUUUCUUCUCGAAAAUCAUGUAUAUUAAUGUGUGUCAGUGUGCUGUACGCCUGUACAUAAUUAUUGUUAGAUAUUAAUUGGCAAUACGAUUUUAUGAUAUUGUACACGGUUUUUUUUUAUUUUUUGCCAUACUUUGCGUUUACGACACUUACAAUAUAAUAGAUUGUUAUUUGUUAUUGUACUUACAUCAUUGACAGUAUUGUAAUAAUAUAAUGUCACAGCAGUGGCGCAGUCCGUUUUUUGAA